CAAAAGAACUGAAAGAACUUUAUUGAAAUAUGAAAGAAUAUUGUAAUUUUAUUGUCGAAAUCUCUAGUUUUAAUUGCAAAAUAGAUUAUCAAGUACUUUUUAAUAAUUAUUCUCUAAUUUUAUAUUUAUAUAUAUAGGAAUCCAGCACCUUGACGAAAUUCACAGCAGGAUUGAAUUUUUGGAGAAAGAAAUGUUUGGUGGUGGAUUAUAUGGAGAUCUGCCUCCACCAUCCGCCACGGCGGUGGAAGAAAAAUCAACUACCAACACCUCCACUGUAUGGUCUUCUACUACCUUGAUGGCCCCACCUACUCUCCGUAAACCCAUCACAUCACCACUAACUAUUUUAAAAAACCCUAACAAACCUAAACCCCAAAUCUCUGCUUCCAAAUCUUUAGUUUCUCCGUUCGUGGCGGCGCCGACUGUGCUACCCGAUGAGGUGGCUCCGCAACAGGAACUGGUAGGGGUGAAUUCGGUGGUUGUUGAGGAGUAUGAUCCGGCCAGGCCGAAUGAUUAUGAAGAUUAUAGGAGGGAGAAAAAAAGGAAGGCGAUGGAAGCGGAGAGGUUGAGGGAGAUUGAGAGGAGGAGGCAAGAGGAGGAGGAGGAGGAGAGGGAGAGGGAGAGGGAGAGAGAGAAGGAUAGGGAGAGGGAUGUGAAUAUUUCUGGGGAGGAAGCGUGGAGAAGGCGUGCUGCCAUGAGUGGAGGUGUUCCGAGGAGCUCUUCGCCACCCAGGAAUGGGGAUGGGUUUAGUAUUGGGACGUCAGGGACGGUGGGGUUGGGAGUUGGUGCUGGUGGACAAAUGACUGCGGCGCAGAGGAUGAUGGCGAAGAUGGGGUGGAAGGAAGGGCAAGGAUUGGGGAAACAGGAGCAAGGGAUUACGACGCCAUUGAUGGCGAAGAAGACUGAUAGGAGAGCUGGGGUUAUAGUGAAUGCUAGCGAGAAGAAGGUGAAGAGUGUGAAUUUCAAUGGAACUCCUCCAACUCGGGUUUUGCUACUUAGGAAUAUGGUGGGCCCUGGUGAGGUAGAUGAUGAACUAGAAGACGAGGUUGGAUCCGAAUGUGCGAAGUAUGGGACAGUCACUAGGGUUCUUAUAUUUGAGAUCACCGAACCAAACUUUCCUCGUGAAGAGGCAGUUAGAAUCUUUGUACAGUUUGAGAGAUCGGAAGAAACAACAAAAGCAUUGAUUGAUCUCGAUGGGCGGUUUUUUGGGGGUAAUGUGGUUCGUGCAAGGUUCUUCGAUGAGGAGAAGUUCAGCAACAACGAGCUGGCUCCUGUGCCUGGUGAAAUCCCUGGGUUUUGAUGGAUGAUUGAAUAACCUGUCGAGUUCCCUUCAGGAUCAUCAGGGAAGUCAUGGCGGACUCUUAUUUUGAUUCCCAUUUUACUGUGAGGAUUAAGCUGUGUUGUAAGUAGGUUCCAGCUUUGGGCUAGGAGGAGCGUAAACUGUGCUUCUACUGACAAUAACUAGUAGUUUGCAUGAAUGACUUUACGGCUUAUAUGAACGCUUGAGAAAUUAUUUUUUCCUGCUUAA